CCAUCUUGCAGUGUCAGUCGCAAUUGGCAUUUCUCACAGUACAUCAUGCUGGGAUUUAGGUCAUCUGUCCGCCAGGCGCCCAAGUGGACACAGUUCCGUGCUGUGUCGACGCUGGAGGGCCACUCUCACAUUUACGUGUUCCCCCAAAAUGGAACCAAUGUUCUUUCCCUCCUCCCAUCUGAACCAACCAACCCCGACCUCGCCCUCGGCGUAACCUCCAAACUUCCUCCUACGCCCGACUCCUUCAGAGAGAACCCGAAAUUCGUCAAAGUCCUCCAGGAAGUUGUUACGGAGCAUGGGCACGAAGACCCCGAUGCUAUUUCCCAGGCUCAGGUGAUGGUCUCGACGGCGGGCGCGAAUUUGACCUCCGGAGGGGUGCUGAUGACUGGUGCGCGCGGGAGGAGACGUCGCGGCGAGGUCGGUGAUUCCAGUGGUGGAGCUAGCGGUCAAGGUGGUGCUGGCUCGGCUGGGAGAGGAGGCUGGAUUCACCUUUCGGAUAGCAGAAGGCCUCCGGAGUAUGGUCGGAUUGCUUGGCCGGAGGAUAUCUUUGGGAGUCUGGAAGUUGAUGGCAAUGGGCAGUUUGUGGGAGGGAAUGGAAAUUAUCAACCGAGUGGAACUUAUCGGAUCGUGACUCGGGAUGGAAUCUUCGGAUUGAGCCCGUUCUUGAGAGAAAAGUUGGUCAAGAGGCUGCGCGAGCAAGAGGCGCAAUAGGCUGCGACAGAAGCCUUGUACAAUACUUUGGAUGUAUUAUUAACCUAGCUUUUGUGGAACGGCCUUCCAUACAAACUGCUGGCAGUU